AUGUCUUGUCCGCUCACAGUCGACCAAUUCAUAACUGACACUCUGCAGGAUAUUCGCCGCCCUUUGGAGUCAGACUUCAUAUCAAAAGUUUCAAGUGUCCGCUGCACCGUUUACCAACUAGAUGAGGGCAUAGAAAAUGACAGAAAUGUCCUCCUUAAGGCUAAAAAGUUGCUGAAGGCAGUGAUUUCAUCUGGAACCAAUCAUGCUGAUAGUAUAAUUACCUUGUGUGACUACUUAGAAAAGCUUGGUCAAGUUGCCCUGGAAAGUGACGAAAUCCAUGGCACCGAGAUUGCCGCCAGUCUGUGCAAGUUUUCAGUCGUCCACCGAGACUUGGCCAAUAUGUCGAAACAUCUGAUGCAAAAUAUGAACAGCAUUCUUAUCUUUCCAAUGGAAGCUUUUAUGCAGGGAGAUGUAAAAGCGGACUGGAAAAAACCGUUUGAAAGAGCACUUAAAGAAUAUGAAUACAAAUAUGACAAGUUACGUAAAGAAAAGGUUCAGAUAAUGAAAGAAACUGGAAUUUUUACGCCAGAAGUCUUCACCACGGAAAUGACAGAGGAUUUAGAAAAGGAGCGGCGAAAACUACAGCUCGAAACGUGCGAAUAUCUGAUCAAAGUGAACGAACUAAAGGCAAAACGGAGUGCUGACCUGCUUCAACAUCUGAUCGACUAUUAUUAUGCCCAAAGCCGCUAUCUUCGUGAGUGCUUAGGCGUCAUGGAUCACUUUGGGAAAUCCAUGAAUGAUCUAACCAAUCGAGUUAGCCUACUACAAAAAGUCCACGAUGCCCAGAAACGUCGUCUGAUCGACACACGUGAAGAGGUUCGCAUCUUGUUGGAAAAAGAUCCCUCAACUACUAGUCGAAAGCCCCGUUUACUCGGUCAGACAUCCCAGGCUGGAGUCACGUAUGCUGCGCAACCAACACAAGUAAACCGUGCGUACGGGACAAAGAAGAGCGGAUUUUUGUUGAAAAAGUCGGAUGGAAAGGUAAAGCGUGUGUGGCAACGGCGCCGGGUUCGUAUUGGAGAUGGAGAGCUGUGCCUUUACCACGCGGACGAGAGCAAACCUCCUGUAAGACUGACACUUUUAACCUGCCAAGUUAAACUACCAAUGGAUGCUGCUCCCCAACAGACAGUAGACGGAGGCGAUACUACUGCGGGUGGAUCAGGCGUUACGCAUUCUGGUUCUGAACUACGAAAUCAUUUCGAUCUUGUUUCCAACAGCCGGACGUAUAAUUUCCAAGCCGAGGAUGACCAGGAAUUCGAAGAGUGGAUCAGUGUGUUGAAUAAUGCAAUGCAAGAGGAAUUUCGUCGUGCUAUGAAUGUGAAUGACAUGGAGUCCGCAGAACUAGAUGCUGCCGUUUUUGGGAGCCGAAAUAAUAAUGCCGCAGCUGAAUUUGACCCUUCACAGACUUCCUCCCCGCCGACGACGCGCUAUCCUUUUGGAAUGACUAACCGCGCAGGAAGCGUCGGAGCUGCUAGCCUUCGUGAUAGUCUACCAGGAAGUGAGCAUGAUCCACUUGAUUCCAGCUCACCCACCUCCCGUUCACGUGAUAGUCGCUUGAGUCGCCUUGGCAGUGCGGAUGCGUUGGGCGCCACAGAUGUUAUGCAGACCUCAACCUAUGGUAGCUAUGAGACACCACUCAAAGGAAAAGCACUCCAUAGCACAAUCCAAUCAGUACUGAGGAACUGUCCUGGCAAUGAGGUUUGCGCUGACUGUGAUAGACCAGAUCCGGAAUGGGUGAGCGUGAACUUGGGCGUUCUCAUUUGUCUUGAGUGCUGUGGCGCGCACCGCGAGUUGGGGGUGCAUCACUCGCGGACGCAGUCACUUCUCAUGGAUGACCUAUCGACCAACCAAUUGUUGUUACCCCGGUUCGUUGGCAAUCGUGUGUUCAACGAGAUAUUCGAAUCUUCACUGGGCAGUGGCGUUAAACCGAAACCUUUGGAAAAUGUCACAGAUAGCUCCGGAAUGAUGCAACGACGAGCGUUCGUUAAAGAGAAAUACGUUGACAGGCGGUACAUUACAUCCACAACGACAUCUUUUACUGCACCAUCGUCUGACUCUCCGGCAAAAAAUGGUGUUGGUGAUCCUCGUCUCCCCCGCCGCGACCCUGUUUCUGAACGCUUCUUGCGCAAAGACCUCCUCCGAGCAGUAAAAACUGGUGACUUAUCUACGUUGCUACAGGUUUAUGCGGAGAAGUUCGAUCUUAUGACCCCGCUUCUUCCGGAAGACGAUGAUGACAACAGUUUGGGCAAUCUGGAAGGCAUGUCAGCUUUGCAUGUCGCAGUAGAGCGAGCGCGAUUCUUGUCAAAUAGUUGCGAAUUGUCGGGCGCCUCACAUCUGCCUUUAAUCGAGUUUAUUCUUCAAAAUUCCUCCCUUACUCAGCUACAACGAACAAAUAGCCGUGGAGAUACUGCACUUCAUCAUGCGAUACGCUGUGGCUCGUUGGAUGCUGUCAAACUUCUCCUGCAGGCUGGUGGAUUACCCACUCCCCUGCUACGCAUCACUAACAAAGAUCGUCAAACUCCCCUGCAACUCGGCGAAGAUCUACUUCAGCGUGGUUCGCCAGACCAAUUUACAGAAUCUAUACAACUCGGCGAAGAUCUACUUCAGCAUGGUUCGCCAGACCAAUUUACAGAAUCUAUUGCCGGGUGUGUGGAGUUGGUACGACUUGCCGAUAAGGUAAUUAAUACCAACACCACCUCUGAUCAGCCAGACAAGCUAUUCUCGGGUUCAGACGUAACCGAGCGCUCUUCGGUUUUACGAACGACUCUACAAGAUGCAGUAGAUCAGUUGUCAUCUGUAGACUGGUGUCUUUCGGAAUUGCGCCGCACAGUCUCAAAGUCACGAAUUGGUCGCUCAGGUGGGUCGGAAAUGAUUUCGACGAAGCCGGUGACGUCCUCGAAGUCUAGCACAUCGAAGUUGUUCACAUCGAACGAUGCCUCUCCGGGCAAGGUUGAUACAUCACGCUCUCCAGGUUUCAAGGUGACCUACAACCACGUUGCAUCCAGUGGUGUUAGCAAAUUAGGUGGCCUGGACAAAGAUGGUUCCGGUCCAGGGCGAUGUGGUCAGUUCAAUACACCCUACGGUAAUGCAUUAGCGACGCUACCUCGCAAAAAAGGCCCUGCACCUCGCCCACCUUCAGUCGACGACGGACCAUUAGAAUUCGAGGCCUAUUACGAGAGUACUUCUACUCCUUAUUCUUCGUCCACAACCGCAAGGAAUGUUGCCCGACCUGGACGCCACAAAACCUCUCCACAUAAAACUUCUUUUCUAGAUCGUCUUCAAAGCAGUCACAGUGUUAGUACACACAGGACUGAUCAGUCCGUUUCGCUCUCAUCCAAACAAUUGGCUCAAACGGCCACCGAUACCCCUGAGUCGCCAGAGCACAAUGGACAGCAUUCGUCAUCCGAUUUAGCCCGUCUGGCCGAAUUAAUGCAUUCCAGCUUGUGUGCGGAAACGACUGCUGUGCAGUCACGAUCUGCCACAACCCAUCCAUCAUCGCGGCCUACUGGUAUGAAUCAAUCUCCCCGAGCCGUGGGGAAAUACACCGAUGGCUCCCACGAUCACAUCGAUAUUAUACUGGACGUAUUGGAAGAAAAACCUGAUAGUCCCGUGAAGCAGUACCCGUCUUCCGUUUCACCAGCCCCACCAAUUCCUCCUAAGCCAAAUAUUCCCAGCUCCUUAUUCCAGUCCACUGCCUUACUUCGAAGUCCAGUCAGGAGUGAAGCUUGCCCUACCGCUGACUCCGUCGACAGCCCACCUGGCGAAAUCCUCCCGACCACCUUACCCAAACAGAAUAAGUCCGUGCUGCCCACCACACUCCGGCUGUCCCAACCAGGCUUGUAUCCAGAUAAACCCCUUGGCUCCUCGUCGAUAUCACAUCCCCCCAGUUGUUCUACUGAUUCUGGGGACCAAAGCGCGGUAAACCCGAAAGACUUUCCUGUCGCAGACACUAAGCUGGGGGCCUUGCUCGAGGCAAUCUAUGACUGUGACGCGGAGCACGCGGACGAGCUAACAUUCCGACGUGGAGAGGUCAUCCAACUGGUGGCUCGAUCAGAUGAUGAGUGGUGGGAAGGAGCCAUAUUCAAUCAACCUUGGCGUCGUGGUCUCUUCCCAAUCACCUAUGUACGCUGCAUGUCCCAACGGGGUGAAGCACGAAACUGUUAGCGCCACCCCCAUUCCUAUCGAUCUCUUAGCGCCAUUGUCCAACAGCUUGGAGCGGUUAUUGGGUGACUAGCUUGAGAACUGAAUGUGCUCCUCAGUACUGGCUUGCUGUAGAGCCACAUCAGACCUUCCCGCUUGGGUCGGGGCAAAGUGACAGAUAUGCACACAUCACGUUCAGAAUGAGGCGCACGCAUUUACUUUCCUGUUUUGCAGUUUAAUUGUCACUAUGGAUAUUAUAAUUUCUGUUGAUUUUUCGACUGUGAUCACACUUCGACCCCAAUUCCUCCGUACGUCGCUUUUAUCCGGCCUGAUUAACACUUGCUUUAUGAAUCAACGUCGUUCUUAUCCGCUUAUGCCGAUCCGUUUUUAUCGUUUUCGCGGGUAUCCCCACGGUUGCUUCGGUGUUCUUGCCAUCGUGUUGUACAUUUUAUGUCGGUUCUAAAUAGACAACAUGAGCAGCAGAAUGCGUAUAUGGUAACUCAGCAAUUAUUUCCUCUUUUUCCUGUUUUCUUUCGCUUUUUCUUUUGUUUUCACCUUUCAUACCUGAGACUCUGUACAGAAGGUGGUUUAUGGCCGGUCUUCUUGUGCACGUAUGUUCUUUUUUGUUGUUGAACAGUGCCCUUACGUAAUACCAGU